AUUAGUAUCGCCUUUCUAUGAUGCGUACGUCCCGUCUGGUUGAUGCUUACGACUUAGCCAACGUUACUACUUACGGCUUUUCGUUUCACGUGCGCCCUGUCCAUCUAACUCGUGUCCAAUCCCGGUUUCCCUCCAGAAACUCAGAACCCUGGCACAAGAGAUCGUCUUCCUUGACAUGUCAGAUGCACUACAAAUUGCAUAAACACCUCAUAUAUGAACACCUCCACCCUGUGACUCUCUUGCAUCACAUGAACGGCUUACCCGGGCCUAUUCAAAUUCUCUAUGUUUCUCGACAACUCUGACGUUGUACACACUCAUGGCUUUUGCUAUAUAUCGUGCUGUGAAACAAUAUACUGGAGUCCCGCGUCGUACGUCUCACCCGCAUACCACGUCUAACAAUCGACUUUUGCAAUGUUGUUACCUAUUCUUCUUCCACUUCUACUUUCCACCCAUAUCCACGCGUGGACAACCUACACUGUUCCACACUCCACAGGUUCAGAUGACACUCCUGCUCUCCUCUCUGCUCUUCAGGACACCACCUAUACUUCGGAUGUCACCAUCCUUUUCGCACCAAACACUACAUACAAUGUCUGGUCCCCUAUUGUAUUUCCUGUGUUUACGAACGUCGAAGUAAGAAUCGAGGGUAACCUGUCAUACCCCACGAAUAUGACAACAGUCCAAAGUAAGAUCUCAUUCAUGGGAGGAAACAACGUAACCCUUCGAGGAAAUACUGAUCCUGACUGGGGUUGGGUAGACGGACAUGGCCAGCAAUGGUGGAAUAUCAUGGAACAGGCCGGCCGUCCUUACGGUUGGCUCUUUGGGAACAUUACAAAUGGUGUCAUUAGGGAUAUGAAGAUAUACAAGCCCAUUGCCUGGAAUUUCCUCACAACGGGAUCGUCUUACCUUCACGUUUUCAACAACAUCAUUCUUGCUGGAUCAGAUAAUGCGUCGUUCCCAUUCAACACUGAUGGCUUUUCUGCUGGCGGCACUGAUAUGCUCUUCGAGCGGAAUCAUGUACACAACGGAGAUGACUGCAUAACAGUCAUAAACGGGGCUAAGAACAUCACUUUCCGUGAUAGCUAUUGUGAAGGCAGCCAUGGUCUAUCGGUCGGAUCCUUAGGCAAAGCUGGACAGGACUCACAAGUAUCCGAUCUUUUGUUUGAGAACGUCAUUAUGAACCACACGCUUUAUGGUGCUCGAUUCAAGAGUUGGACAGGUGGAAACGGAUUGGCCCAAAACGCAACCUGGCGAAACAUCAUGUUCAUCGACGUCAUGUUCCCCAUCUAUGUUACACAAAACUACUGGGACCAAAACGUCGGCCCAAAACCCAAUUCAACUAACACAAACGAAACACACAUCGAAAACUUUUUGUUCGAGAACUUUGUUGGCGUCAUCAACGAUACCCCCGGCUACGUAGAGGGUUCCUGCAUCAGCGAUCCCUGCUGGUACGCAGUCACCAAUGCCACCGGAAAAGAAGUCGUCAUAUUUGACUUGUAUCCUGACACUGCUACGAACAUUGUCGCUAAAGAUAUCUUCGCUCGUACACUAACUGGUGCCCCUGUUGCUGCCAUGUGUAACACCUCCACUAUUUCUACUGAUGUCGGUUUUGUCUGUGAGG